AUGGCCGCCGCCGCGCGAGAGGGGACUCCGCCGCCAAUCAUUGGCAAGGCCGGGAGGUACACCGUCUUCAUUACUCCCCCCGCCACCCCGAAGACGCCCUCUCCAAGCCCCCGACCACUGGGCCUUCCCUCUGGCCUCAGUCCCAGCCCCGGUUCCACCCCGAAGAGAAUGGAGGUGGCGCCUACAGCCACUAAGGUUCCCAGUCCCUCCCCGCAGCCGCCGCUGCCGCCGCCGGUGCAGGUCCCGCCGCUGCAGUUUGACGGCAAGCCCAGCUCCUCGCCCUCGAAUUCCGCGUUCGGGUUCUUCUGGGACGCGGUCGCCAAGGUCCAAGAUGGUACCCUCUCGCUGACUUUGGGUGCUUUCCACCCCCCUCCCGUCUUUCUCUGCUCUUGUUUAGGGUUCUAAGGUCGGAUUUUUACCAGCACAUUCGAGGCUGGACGAGUAUCUGGCGUACUGGUUGGGGCUGAACCAGUCCAAGUACCAAUGGGCUUUGAACGAUUACUACGAGAUCAAGGCAACGGUGAGAGUCAUAGAAACCCCCGACGAGCAGAUGUCUUCUCUGCUCUUCUCUGCUUCUGAUGAGUAAUGGUCGCGAAAAUCUUGUGUUCUAUGGGUCGUAAUUCUCAUCUCUUGAUUUUCUCAUACCUCUCUGUCUGCUAUUAACUCAGUAUGAUUGUACCGUGUUCAUGCGCAUCUUCCAUCCGGUUCUUUGAUCGCUCAAGCCCGAACAGUUUUAGACUACUUGGGAUCCUCUUAAUUCCGUUUAUGCCUCGAGAUGUUGAUGGGGGGAGCGCCAUGGUCUAUUCUUUUCUCGUUCAUGCAGGAUCUGCAGCACCUCUGCUCUGAAAAAGGUUCAGGGUCAUUUUUUCUCAGAGGGAUAUUUAUGGCCCGAACAUACUUUAAUUUCAUUCCAAAUUCUUUGUAUUUUCCCAUGGCGAGAUCUUGGUUUUAUGUCUUGGUGAAUCAUCGGCUCUAAAGCUUCAUAUUUUUCUUGGCACCAAGGUUGGUGGAAGACCAUGUUCCUGGUCCCUUUGCCCUACAUUGAUUGCUUGCAUUGUUAUUUAAAUUAGUUUUUAAUUUUAUGGAUUAUUUUUAUUUUUUGAAGCCACAAGAGCAUGGAUAAAUAAAUUAAAGAAAACAGCCAUUACAUUAUUUUUUAGUUUUAUGGAUGAUUUUAGUUUUUGAAACCACAAGAACAUGGAUAAAUAAAUUGAAAUUCGAAAAUAAAUUAAAAAAAGCAUCCAUUAUUUAUUAUUUUACUAUGGAAGGAUACAUCGGCUGCAUCUACAUUGAUUGCUUGAAAUUUUUAUUUACAUUAUUUUUUAAUCUUAUGGAUUAUUUUAGUUUUUGAAACCACAAGAACAUGGAUAAAUAAAUUGAAAAUCGAAAAUAAAAUUUAAAAAGUAGCUAUUAUUUUUUAUUAUACCAUGGAAGGAUGUAUCGGCUUCUGGUUAAUGGGGAUCGAUGCCUUUAGAUAUUACAAGACAGCAUCCAUUUUGAUAAUUUUUUGUUCCCAAACACAGCCAGAUGUUCUUCCUAGGUAAUCUCAAUAGUCAGUCUACAACGUGCAGUAGGCUUUUACUGGGUUUGGCCUGAUGAACAGCGCGCUUAGCAGCCUCAUACCGCAGAGGCAGUAAGAAAAUCCCAAAUCUCAUAAUUCUCAAUCACUUAAUCUGAACUUCGGUGUUGGUGCUUCUCAGAUUCUCAUAAUCAUUCGUCUUUAUGUUUGACCAAGACAUUACUUAAAAUAGGUGCUAAGAAGAUAAAAAAUCCGGAUUAAAUGAUUAUAACUUACUAUGCAUAUCUUCUCUAAAUGAUUAAAUGAUUAUGUUUGCUUCGUUUCACCUGGGCACAUUUCUGCCUAUCCCCCAUUUUGUAUCUCCAAUAAAAUGGGAAUGACCGUCUGUUCAUCAGCUGGACUGAGAACUGAUAAAACCUGAGAUGGGCAGCAGUUCAUGAGCUCUCCCUGUGUUUCUUCUGUGCAGGAUUUGGAGGCCGGCAAGGCAAAGGAUCUCGCGGGCAAGGCUCAGAGCAUGUAG